AGCGCGGCGCAGCUCGGCAGCCGCCAAGCCGAGACCCGCACGGUCUCCCGGUCGCCAGCGCCGGCUCCGAGCUCCCGCUCCCCGCCCGGGCUCCGCCUGGUCUCGCUUCCACGGGGACCCCUUCGGGCAGGAGUCGCGUGGCGAGGGCCGGCGGCAGCGGCACAAAGUUGGACGCCCGCGAGGAUGAGGCUGUCCCCGGCGCCCCUGAGGCUGAGCCGGAGUCCAGCGCUGCUGGCCCUGGCACUGCCCCUGGCCGCGGCGCUGGCCUUCUCCGACGAGACCCUGGACAAAGUGCCCAAGUCGGAGGGCUACUGCAGCCGCAUCCUGCGCGCCCAGGGAACGCGGCGCGAGGGCUACACCGAGUUCAGCCUCCGCGUGGAGGGCGACCCCGACUUCUACAAGCCGGGAAUCAGCUACCGUGUAACCCUUUCAGCUGCCCCACCAUCCUACUUCAGAGGAUUCACAUUAAUUGCCCUCAAAGAGAACAGAGAGGGUGAUAAGGAAGAAGACCAUGCUGGGACCUUCCAGAUCAUAGAUGAAGAAGAAACACAGUUUAUGAGUAAUUGCCCCGUCGCGGUCACCGAAAGCACCCCACGGAGGAGGACAAGGAUCCAGGUGUUCUGGAUUGCGCCACCAGCAGGAACAGGCUGCGUGAUUCUAAAGGCCAGCAUUGUACAGAAACGCAUCAUUUAUUUUCAAGAUGAGGGCUCUCUGACCAAGAAACUCUGUGAGCAAGAUUCCAUGUUUGAUGGGGUGACGGACAAACCAAUUCUAGACUGCUGCGCCUGUGGAACCGCCAAGUACAGACUCACAUUUUAUGGGAACUGGUCCGAGAAGACGCAUCCAAAGGAUUACCCUCGUCGGGCCAAUCACUGGUCUGCAAUCAUUGGUGGAUCCCACUCCAAGAAUUACGUGCUAUGGGAGUACGGAGGAUAUGCGAGCGAAGGUGUCAAACAAGUUGCAGAAUUGGGCUCACCUGUGAAAAUGGAGGAAGAAAUUCGGCAACAGAGUGAUGAGGUCCUCACCGUCAUCAAGGCCAAAGCUCAGUGGCCAGCCUGGCAGCCUCUCAACGUGAGAGCGGCACCCUCGGCUGAAUUUUCAGUGGACAGGACACGCCACUUGAUGUCCUUCCUGACCAUGAUGGGCCCCAGCCCCGACUGGAACGUGGGCCUGUCUGCAGAGGAUCUGUGUACCAAGGAGUGCGGCUGGGUCCAGAAGGUGGUACAAGACCUGAUCCCCUGGGACGCCGGCACCGAUAGUGGGGUGACCUAUGAGUCACCCAACAAGCCCACAAUUCCCCAGGAGAAAAUCCGGCCCCUGACCAGCCUGGACCAUCCUCAGAGUCCUUUUUACGAUCCAGAGGGCGGGUCUAUCACUCAAGUAGCCAGAGUUGUCAUCGAGAGAAUCGCCCGGAAGGGGGAACAAUGCAAUAUUGUACCUGAUAACGUUGAUGAUAUUGUCGCGGAUCUGGCUCCAGAAGAGAAAGAUGAAGAUGACACCCCCGAAACCUGCAUCUACUCCAACUGGUCCCCGUGGUCCGCCUGCAGCUCCUCCACCUGUGACAAAGGCAAGAGGAUGCGGCAGCGCAUGCUAAAGGCGCAGCUGGACCUCAGCGUCCCCUGCCCGGACACCCAGGACUUCCAGCCCUGCAUGGGCCCCGGCUGCAGUGACGAAGACGGCUCCACCUGCACCAUGUCCGAGUGGAUCACCUGGUCGCCCUGCAGCAUCUCCUGUGGCAUGGGCAUGCGGUCCCGGGAGAGGUAUGUGAAGCAGUUCCCUGAGGACGGCUCUGUGUGCACACUGCCCACUGAGGAGACGGAGAAGUGCACGGUCAAUGAGGAGUGCUCUCCCAGCAGCUGCCUGAUGACCGAGUGGGGCGAGUGGGAUGACUGCAGCGCCACCUGCGGGAUGGGCAUGAAGAAGCGGCAUCGCAUGGUCAAAAUGAGCCCGGUGGACGGCUCCGCGUGCAAGGCCGAGACCUCCCAGGCGGAGAAGUGCAUGAUGCCGGAGUGUCACACCAUCCCCUGCUUGCUAUCCCCGUGGUCCGAGUGGAGUGACUGCAGCGUGACCUGUGGGAAGGGCAUGCGGACCCGCCAGCGGAUGCUCAAGUCUCUGGCGGAACUCGGGGACUGUAACGAGGAGCUGGAGCAGGUGGAGAAGUGCAUGCUGCCCGAAUGCCCCAUUGACUGUGAGCUCACCGAGUGGUCUCAGUGGUCGGAAUGUAACAAGUCCUGCGGGAAAGGCCACAUGAUUCGAACCCGGAUGAUCCAAAUGGAGCCACAGUUUGGAGGUGCACCCUGCCCAGAGACCGUGCAACGAAAAAAAUGCCGUAUCCGGAAAUGCCUGAGAAAUCCAUCCAUCCAGAAGCUGCGCUGGAGAGAGGCCCGAGAGAGCCGGCGGAAUGAGCAGCUGAGGGAAGAGUCCGGAGGCGAGCAGUUCCCAGGCUGCAGGAUGCGCCCGUGGACAGCCUGGUCGGAAUGCACCAAACUGUGCGGUGGUGGGAUCCAGGAACGCUACAUGACCGUCAAGAAGAGGUUCAAAAGCUCCCAGUUUACCAGCUGCAAGGACAAGAAGGAGAUCAGAGCGUGCAAUGUUCACCCUUGUUAACAAGGGUGUAAGUUUUCCGGGGCUGCACCCUGGCUUGCACAGUCAUCGAUGGCUGGAGUGUGUGUUUGCUUGUUGUUUAAGGCAAUUUAAAUUGUAUACAUUAGUUUUCAUUUCUGCAGUGUGGUUCGCCCACCAGUCUUGUUGAUGCCAGGGACUUCCUUUCUGUCUGCUUCUUGGUAUGCAGAGGCUGCGUGGGGCUCCCUCAUCCCCAGAUGGCCCUCCUCUAGCACAGAAGUGAGUAGUGUCAGCUACCUGUACUGGAUGGACAUGUGUCCCUCUGGAGCACCCACCUGGGCAGCCGAUACAAGCCUGGCCCCCUCCACAGGGAGCGGCAGCCAGGUGUGGAAGGGAUUCCGUGCCUCGGUCCCAGGGUGCAGUGGGGAGGAAACAGUCCUGCUCACACGGAGAGCGCAGAUUCCCCUCACUCUUGUUUUUGGCCUGCUUGCUCUUGUAGGAACCUCGUUUGCCCAUCUCUUUUCAUUUAGUGGAAUUUAGGGUCCCUUGUUGAGUCUCCUCGGUCAUCAACAGUUAUUGGGGAACAGAGAGCUGGUAGAUGUGAAGUGCAUUGAUGUAGAGUGGCUUUUCUUUCAGAAAUUUAUCUCCCCUCCUAAUAUUGGUUCCUGAUACCCCAGAGAAAAGAAACUUUGGCUGCUUUAUUGGAAUUUAAGGUUGCCACUUCUUACACCUGAGGUAAAAGGUACUAAGUCUAGAAAGUACCUUUCCCUAGCUUCUUUGGGGGGGGGGGGGGGGCACAAUUUUCCUAAGGACGCCAGCUUUAUAAACUUAUAAACCUUCUGACAUUACAUCCUUACUAGGACCCAGGCAGCAAAACUGGCCUCUCUAGAGGAGUCCCAAACCUACGCUUUUAAAAUCUUCGGACACGCAUCUAAUUUUAAGUUUUCAAACCAGUUCUCCCAAAACAUCUUUCAGUUAUACAUCAGCUGCCUGCAUCCCACCAAGCCAUUGCUUCAACAAAAAAUACUAUCUUUGUACGUUAAAAGGUGUUUUUUUUCUUUUUUAGUCCUAAAGUUUUAUAUGUAGAAAGAAAAAGUGUUUCAGAGACCAAGAAAGAAAGCUAGGGAGAAAGGUAUUAUUACAGAAUCAGGCUGGGUAAGAAUAUCUGGUGGGAAGCCAAAUUCACCUCAGCUUUCCACAGUGGGGCUCUGGGCCCUCCAUCACCUGCAUAGGAAAGGCCACGGUUUUCCAUCCCCUUUCAAGCACUCAUAUGCACCAAAUUCAGGGAUUCUGACUACCAGGAAUUCGUGUAAAAGGACAUUUUACUGAGCUGAGUCUAGCAGCAGUUUUUACUUAUUCAUUUAUUGUUAAAACUGUUUCAUUUCUGUUGCAGGUUUUCAUUAUGCUUAAUCCAAAUAUGUAUCCCGGAUGAGAUGCAUACGUGGUUUUGAAUACACUACUUUAAGAAUUUGCAUUAAACCCAUCAGGAUGUCUCCAAACACAACAUACAUAUGAUAUAGCCCUGAAUCUGUAUUUUCUUUAACAUCAAAGACCGUUCAAUAAAAAAAACUCAUUUGGGUC